AUGCUGCAAGUCACAUACCCUAGUCCUGGGGAACACCCAAGCGCACCUCGAGAGCGAGGUAUCUUCCCGAUAACAGAUGAUGAGCUUUGUGAUUUAGCGAGUACAGCCCAGUUACCAGUACCAAUCAAGGCGGACGUUGCCUCGUUGGUUGUCGUAGCACAGACGAUCGCGGUCACGUCUUCCCUAUUUGCUGCUGUCCAAAUCUCGUUCAAUUCGAUAAUCGAAGCUGCUGUCUUCACGAGCGAGACCCCGCAGCUCAGAGGAUACACCCUCAAGACUUGGCUCUACUUGCGUUGGUUCUUGUACGCGGCUGUCAUUGUAAACCUUGGAAGCGCUGGUGCUGCUGUCGCCGUCAUAAAUCUUGCCACGUCGUUGGAGUGCGAGUUUAGUCGUUUCGCCGUUCUGUACCACCACGGCGACAAGGAAGCACUACGACGAUACAAGGACGCAUACGAUUGGGUCCUAACACGUAAAUUACCGUCCAAGUACGUCAAGGAAAAGUAUACCUUCGAGAGAUUGCAACAAUUUGGAAUGGAUAAGCGGGUUUCUUGGAUCUCGUAUGGCAUGGCCCUUAGUUUUGCUACCGGAGUAGUGUUCGCUUUUGUAUCGUUCGUCUACUGGGUCGCCUUGACGCAAGGUGUAGCUGCGGUUGUGGUCAUGGCGGUGAUGGUAGCAUUGGGAAUCAUACUAACACUAUCUUUUACCAUUUUGUAA